GGCUCCAACUAUGCACAUUGAGUUGAAGCUAUGCUAGGAUUUCUUAAAGGACGUAAAUUAUGGUGAUAUGUGAUUGGUGAUAUUGCUGAUCCUGUUAAGCCAAUUGUGACUAACAACUCCAAAGAUGGUGCCUCCAAAUUCAAGAAGGAUGCGGAGAAAGAAAAGGACUAUGUAGAGAAAUUGGACUUUAUGACAUUGAAAUUAUUUUAGAAGUCCAAAAUAUCAUCUCUUCUCAAAAGCUAUUUUCUCAUAAAAUAAAAUCUUUUUAAGAUUAGAAGCAUUUUGCACUCUCCAACAAUGUCUGUCGCCGGCACCGGCGGAGUUUCAACAUCUUACAAUCGUCUCCAGCAACUGAAGUCCUUCGAUGAAUCCAAAGCUGGCGUCAAGGGCCUCGUUGACUCUGGCAUCACCAAACUCCCACAAAUCUUCAUCCGCCCUCCGGAAGAACUCGCCGCCGACAACCAGACUCCGUCCCAGUUCACGAUUCCGGUCAUCGACCUCAAGGGUGUCUCCGGAGACCGUUCCAAAGUGGUUGCCGCAGUUCGAGAGGCGGCGGAGACGGUGGGGCUGUUCCAAGUGGUGAAUCAUGGGGUGCCAUUGAAGGUGCUGGAAGAAACGCUGACUGCGGCGCGUGAGUUCCACGAGUUGCCACAGGAGGUGAAGGGAGAGUAUUACACGAGGGAUAAGAUGAAGAAGGUGAAGUAUGGUAGCAACUUUGAUUUGUAUCGAACGAGAUAUGCUAAUUGGAGAGACACACUGUUCUGUGUUAUGGGUCCUGAUCCUCUUCAUCCUCAGGAAUUGCAUUUGGUUUGUAGGGAUGCAAUAAUGGAGUACUCAUGGCAGAUUAAGGUAUUGGGGAGCCUUUUAUUUGGAUUGUUAUCAGAAGCACUUGGACUGAACCCUGAAUAUCUUGAAAGCAUAGAUUGUGCAAAAGGGCAUUCAAUUCUGUGUCACUAUUAUCCACCAUGUCCUCAGCCUGAACUCACUCUUGGCACUACCAAACACUCAGAUCCUGGCUUUCUCACAAUUCUGCUCCAAGAUCACAUUGGUGGCCUACAAGUUUUGUGGCAAAAUCAGUGGAUCAAUGUUCCCCCUGUUCAUGCUGCUUUGGUAGUUAACAUUGGAGAUAUGCUGCAACUGAUAUCUAAUGACAAAUUGAAAAGCGUGGAGCACCGUGUUGUGGCAAACCAUAGAGGGCCAAGGGUAUCAGUUGCAUGCUUCUUCACUCUUGAUAACCCAUCACAAAGAAUAUAUGGCCCCAUCAAGGAGUUACUUUCACAAGAUAACCCCCCUCUCUAUAGGGAUACAUUGUUACAAGAUUUUAAUGCUUAUUACUAUAACAAGGGACUUGGUGGCAAUUCUGCUCUUGAUCAUUUUUUGUUGCAAAGGUAAAAAAAAGA